AUGGGCCUAUUCGAGAAUCCAUUGGCCGAUACUAGCCAAGUGAACCAGCUAGGAAGUCAGGUUGUUCCAGAUCGAUCUACCGGGUAACUUGUUGCUGUUAGCCAUGCAGAUAACAUAGGGUACCGGAGUGGUAGAUGGAAAAUUGAAUUUCGGGGCCCCAGUGGGAACCACCUCACUAGGGGUACGCGACAUGUCAUUAAGAACACCAUUGAUCCAAAAACCAAGGUCGUCUACAAGAAGAACCCCGAUAUGCACUUUGUCAAAUCCGGAAAGUUCUCCGCCAUUGAACACCCUUAUGCAGAGGGAUCUGGCGAUAGCAUGAACUUGGCCAUUGCCGACCCUGGUACAAGCACUAUAUUGAACGUAUGUGAAGCUGUGAAGUGUGUGGUCAUCGUCAUCUCCAGUCGUCCUGUCAUGAUUCAGCCCUAUGUCACAGCGUUGAACGCUAUCAUCGCUGCUUGGCUUCCAGGAACUGAAGGCCUAGGGGUUGCAGAUGUUCUGUUUGGUGAUUAUGGCUUCACAGGCAAGCUUCCUAGGAUAUGGUUCAAAACCGUAGAUCAGCUUCCAAUGAAUGUUGGGGAUCCUCCUUAUGAUCCCCUCCAAUGA